CACUAUAGAUAGAGCCACUAUCGCUCAUAGUGGAGUUUACCCAGUUUACUUCAGCUUCAUAAUUUUACAAUUUUGAUCGCCGAAUACUGAUUUUGCCGAAUACGAAAACAUCUUAGAAAAUGGGGAAUACUGCGGCAAACGUUGAAGCCAAACCUGAGGGCGAGAAAAAAUUAAAACCUUGUUGCGCUUGUCCGGAAACUAAGAAAGUUAGAGAUGCCUGCAUAAUUGAAAAAGGUGAAGAGCAUUGUGGAGAUCUUAUAGAAGCGCAUAAAGUUUGUAUGCGCAAGAUGGGAUUCAAUAUAUAAUAGCGAAAUAUAAGAUUUUGGCCUACCUCACAUGAUCUUGAUUACACGUUUCAUCUCAAAGUAUUAUGUAGGCAUUGUAUAUUAACUUCUGUAAAUAAACUUAGUUUUUACAGUU